CGGGGAGAUGAUACAGUAUGUUGGUACAGUGUUACACUCCAACCUGACAUGCCAACGAAGAGAAUUAUACUAAAAAUCACGUCUGCCAGAAGGGCCACGUGUCGUGAUGUGUGAGGCGACACGCUGCGCUACAUGGACAGAAGGUGUUGCAAUUAAUCAUCCAAGUGGGCCUACAAGGAAGGAUGGCAUCCGUUUUCGAACAUACCGUGCAUGAUCUGAUAAAAACAACAUCUAUUGAGAGGGUUGUGGCCCCCAUUGCAACCCGCCUUUGUCAUUUGAUCCUGAUGUGUGAAAAUGGAGAAGCCAUAGAACAUGCUGAUGGGCUGGAAAGAGCAGCAGAGGAUGUAGAAGAAGCUACAAGGAGAAUGGCUGACGUGGCUUCAAGGCUGUCAGUGGAGUCAAAUGAUGAUGUCACAAAGAAAGAGAUGGAACCAGCAGUGGUAUCUCUGAAAGCAUGUGGUCAGCGUGUGCUGCUUGCAGCUCUAAAACUCAGAAUUCAGCCACAUGAAGCUGAGCUCAGGGAAGAACUCAUUGCUUCAACUCAAAAUGUCCUACUAGGAGUGCUCAAGGUUCUGUUAGUGGAGGAUGAUGCUGCUGUGAGAAAGAUAAUCACAGCAGCUCAUUGGCUCAUGGAUUCCCUUUCCCAACUAGAAGCAGCACCCAACAUCCCACUGCUGUUGAACGCUUUUCAAGGGUUCUCUGAUGCCUUGUUGAUGCUGAACGAGUUGGCAUGGAAGCGGGCAAAGGAUCUGCGUGAUACUGGACAGCAAGAGAGUCAACAGUUGCCUUUGAUGAUCUGA